AUGGCACAUGAAAAUAGGACAAUCACGUCAUCUUUCAUUGCAAGAAGAUACCUCAAAGAAAUUGGAUCAAACAGGGAUUGGAAAGUGGCUGAAUUCAGAGAUAGAGUAAGCGUUGAACUAAGAGCUCAAGUGACGUUAUCUCAAGCUAAAAGAGCUAAGAUGAAGGCUAUUGCAUUAAUUGAUGGUAACAUUAAAGAUCAGUAUAAAAUAAUGUGGGAUUAUUGCAAUGAAAUUGAUAGGACAAAUCCGGGCAGCACAGUUUGCAUGAAGUUCAUUGAUAACGAGAUCCCUAAUGAGCCACAAAGAUUUCAAAGAAUAUAUAUUUGUUUUGCUUCCUGCAAGCUUGGCUUUAGAGCGGGUUGUAGAAAAAUAGUAGGGGUGGAUGGAUGUUGGUUGAAAGGUCCAAUGUAUGGGACUCAAUUAUUAUCUGCAGUCGGCAUGGAUGGUAACAAUAACAUAUUCCCUGUUGCCUAUGCAAUUGUAGAAAAGGAAAGCAAAGACACAUGGGUUUGGUUUUUGAAUCAUUUGGCGGCUGACUUGAAUAUACAUGAGACUGGUUGGAACUUUAUGUCUGACAAACAAAAAGGACUUAUUGAAGCUUUUAAUGAAGUUUUUCCUCAUGUUAACCAUAGGUUCUGUGUAAGACACCUCCAUAAUAAUUUCAAGAGGGCUGGCUUUGGUGGCAUCACAUUAAAAAAAGCACUUUGGGCUGCUGCAAAGGCUACUACUAGGAGUAAAUUUAAUAAUUGUAUGGAAGAUAUUUUAAAGUUAGAUCCUGAUGCUGCUACUUGGUUAAAUGAUAAAGAUCCUAGCGAAUGGUCUAUGUCGCAUUUCUCUUCAGAUGCUAAGUGUGAUACCUUACUAAAUAAUAUGUGUGAAGUAUUUAAUAGCAUGAUACUUGAUGCUAGAGACAAGCCAAUUGUGACACUUUUGGAGAAAUUACGAUAUCUACUCAUGGCUAGAAUGCUAGCUAAUAGGGAGAAGGCAGAGAAAUGGAAUUUGGGCAAUGUUUGUCCGAAGAUCAAGGAUAUGUUACACAAAAAUCAGAUUGCAGCUGCUGAAUAUAUACCUAGAAAAUCUAAUUACUGGAGCUAUGAAAUUUUAGGAGCUACAGUUACAGACAAUUGGGCAGUUGACUUGCAGAAUAAAUCUUGUAGUUGCAGAAAAUGGAGUCUCACUGGAGUCCCUUGCAAGCAUGCUAUUGCGGCAAUUUGGGCUAAGAAGGAUAAUAUUCUUGACUAUGUCCAUGAUUGUUACAAGGUGGAAAUAUAUAGAAGAAUUUAUGAAAACUCAAUUCUUCCAAUGAAUGGGCCACAACUGUGGCCUAAGUCAAGUAAAGUUCCUCCUCUGCCUCCAAAGAUUGUGAGAAAUAGUAAGCGAGGAAGAAUGCAAAAGCUACGAAGAAAGGAACAAGAUGAAGUUGGAGCUAGUCGAACAAAGAUGAAACGAAAGCAAAAAUCUCUAGAUUGUAGUAUCUGUCACAAGCCUGGCCAUAACAAAAGGACUUGCAAAUAUAAUAUUGUACAAGAAGAAACUACCUCUUCAGUUCGUCCCAAACUACAUGUAACGUUAGAAGAGGAUAUGAUGAAGCGGGACAUGGAGAAGUGGAACAGGAGCAAAUGGGACAGCUGUGCUGGAAUUCUACUGUUAUUGUUGGGCUUAAGCAACUCAAUCGAGGAAGCUGAGAUUGGUGCCAUUGUUGCUGAGAUUGAGUUGGAGAAAGCAACUACAAAAGCUGCAAAAAAGGCUCCUGCAAAAGAAAUCUUGUUGUGCUUAAAUUCAUAUUAG